AAUAUAAUUAUCGUCCAACUCCCUCUUCAAAAUCAAUCAUAGAUUUACCGUCUGAUAGAUUGAUUGCCAUCUCUCAUUCACACAUCGCCAUCAUGUCUGCAGCUCAGAAACGGCUUGGGCAGGUCUCUGGCCAUCUUGCAGGUUCGAAGAGUGGUAUCACACCUACAGAAGGUGACAGCGCGCGCGCUGCGCUCUUACAGAAGAACCCCGACGAUAUUGUCGUGACGGCAUGUCUUCGAACGGCAUUCACAAAGGGCGGCCGAGGAGGAUUCAAGGACACUGCUGCGGCGGAUCUGCUUGUGGGAGCCUUUAAGGCUCUCCUCGACCGCUCGAAGAUUGACCCGGCGUUGGUCGAGGACAUCGCGGUGGGCUCGGUCCUCGCCCCUGGUGGCGGGGCGACUGAGUUCCGUGCUGCGGCGCUGGCGGCUGGGUUCCCAGUCACUGCGGCGGUUAGGAGCUUAAACAGACAGUGCUCGUCUGGUCUGCAGGCCUGUGUCGAUAUUGCCAAUGCUAUUCAGUCGGGCAUGAUCGAUAUUGGUAUCGGUGCUGGUGUCGAGAGCAUGAGUUCACAAUACGGACCCGGUGCCGUUACUGAAUUUUCCGAACUCUUAGAUUCGCAUCCUGAAGCCAAGAACUGCAAGGUACCCAUGGGCGUCCUCUCGGAAAAGAUGGCCAAGGACAAGAACAUCCCCCGCACAGUUCAGGAUGCCUUCGCGGCCUCCUCCUACCAAAAAGCCCUCAAGGCACAAGAAGCUGGUCUCUUCAAUGAGGAGAUCGCUCCCUUGACGGUGAAGUGGGAGGACCCGAACACUGGCGAUGUCAAGGAGAUAACUGUCUCGAAAGAUGACGGGGUCCGACCUGGCAUCACUGCCGAGAGCUUGGCCAAGAUCAAGCCAGCUUUUGCAAAGGACGGCUCCAUCCAUGCCGGAAAUGCCAGCCAGAUCUCCGACGGUGCAGCAGCUGUUCUUCUCAUGAAGCGCUCAACGGCUGAGAAGCUGGGGCAGACCAUCCUUGGCAAAUAUGUCGCCGCGUCAGUAGCGGGUGUCGCUCCCCUGCUGAUGGGUAUCGGCCCCUGGGCCGCCAUCCCCAAGGUCUUUGAGAAGACGGGGAUCAACAAGGACGAUGUGGAUAUCUUUGAGAUCAACGAGGCGUUUGCUUCGCAGUGCGUAUGGUGCGCGAACGAGCUGGGCUUGGACCCGAAGAAGAUCAAUCCCAAGGGCGGUGCAAUUGCCUUUGGCCACCCGCUUGGCUGUACCGGUGCUCGGCAGGUCAGCACGUUACUGUACGAGCUGAGGAGGAGAGGGGAGAAGAUCGGGGUCACGAGCAUGUGUGUCGGUACCGGGAUGGGAAUGGCGGCGGUCUGGGUUGCGGAAUAGAUGGAGAAAUCAUUGCCUCAAUCUUCAAUUUGGUAUAUAGAAUGGCGGACAGGGGAGCGAGUGGGGAACAGUCUGGUUGGAAAAUGGAUUGGCUGUAGGAGUACGAUUAGAUUAGCCUCACAGCAGCAUAUUCGUUCGUGUUUAUUGAGUUCAUGUUUUAUUUAUUUUAAGUGAUAUCAAGUUUCUAGAAGAACAUGGAGUUCGGCAGCUUACCCUUCUGUC